GCGAACCGGGAUAGACGUGCCAGUGUGUGAAGUGAUAGCUCGAUCUUACUUUGACAAGAAUACUAUUUCGUGCAACCAACGACAUCUAUCGGCAGACAGCAUGAUCAACUUAGUGUCGCUACUCGUCGCCGCGGCGCUGGUGUCGCUGCAAUGCGGGUUCGAAGCCCACGCACAGAUAGAGGGGAAGAAUGACUUAGAUAACAACUUACAGCCCAAUGUAGCACCACCACCAAAACGCCGCAUCCUCCGUCCCUUCGUGAACAUAUCGGACCCGCCUCCGAAGUCGGUGAGGGUGGCGCCUGGCACUCGGACGGAGCUGGUCUGCGAGGUGAUAGGGAAACCGGCGCCUCAUGCGCAGUGGCUGAAGAAUGGGCAGCCUUUGGGAGAUUACGAUGAAGUGAACGAGAUCUUCAGCAUCCACCCUUCGAGCCUGGCCAGGAUGACCACCAAAGUGGUGGUGUCCUCAGCAGCCAAUGGAGACGAGUAUACCUGCGUCGCCACUGCCGGUCUCAAGCAGCAGAUGGCUACCUCUACUGUGUAUACUGUUGAUGAUGAUGAAGCCAACAUCUUUACCUUAGAAGCGCUCUUCCGCAAACCCACCAAACCGGUCAUCACGGAGUAUUACAACGAGAUCUUCCAGGAUAUCGGCAGCAGUGCUGUAUUACCCUGCCGGUACUACAGCGGCAGCAAGGCUCAGGUCUACUGGUUGGACAGCAGGGACGAGCUGAUCUAUGGCAACUCGAGGAUCCGGGUGCUCCCAACCGGCGAUCUUCUGGUCACUAACAUCAGGUGGGAGGACAUGGGCAACUACACUUGUACCGUCAAAAACAAGCACGGGAAAGACACGGUGGCGACCUUCCUUUAUCCUGCUAAGAAACAAUAAGCGCCUAAAUAACGUCUACUACGAAGUUACCCGCCGAUGUGACAAUUGAUGUUCCUAUACUUAAGAGUACCUUAACUUAACCACAACUUAAAUUAUUGUUAGGCUUAAGUUAUUCACCGUUGAAUUAUAUUGUAGCUGCACAAAGUACCAAGAAGUACUAUACGUUUGUUAUAUUAUAAAGAAAAAUCAGUUUUCCUAAACACAGAAUAUUAAAGUAACAGCUGAAUUGUACAGUUUGUCAAUAAUUUAUUUUAGAAACAAUGUUGUAUCAACCACGAAAGUGAAAAGUCUUAAUAUUUGAGACCACAAAAACGAAAAAUCAUAAUAUUUAAGUUGCUUCAAUGUGACUCUAGCAGCUACUACCGCUAGCGCCAUCUGUCGUAGAAAAGUUCUCGCACGUUUACAAUAUAAUUCAAUGUACUUACCUAUCCGACUGGAAACCACUGUAUUUUAUUUAUUUAUAUUAUAGUACUUAAGUUGUACAUUUUAUUUUAAGAAACCGCCGACACUGUGCCAAUAGUUAUACUAAUACUAGCUUUUGCCCGCGGCUUUACCCGCGUGAAAUUUAGUUUGUCACAAAUCAAACAUCACCUUACAGCGAACAGGGGCGGAGCAGUAAAGAAAAAUGUUUCAUAUUUUUCAAAUCAUUUUCACGCAUACGAAGUCGCGGGCACAGCUAGUUUUUUUAAAUCAUCAUAAUUCAUUUAAUUAUUAUAAUAAUAUCAAUAUUGGUUGGACUCAUACAUCAAUAUAUCAUGACGUUAUGAUCUCUAGUGAUUAUGAAUUUCAAACUGUUUCAUUAUUAUUUGUAUUAUUAAAUCUUGCUUUUUACAGAUACUUAGUUAUAAGUUUGUUGCAAACAUAAUAUUGGCAUAUUCCUUAGACAAAAAAAGCCUAUGAGAGUUGUGUAUAUUUUUUCUUUUGGCUUUAUAUAAUAAUUUAAUAAUAGAUGAAAAUUACUAUCACAAUGCAUUUAAUUUUAAUUUAUUGUAAGUUAAUUUCGUAUACUGUUGUACUUAAAUAAUGAUUUAAGAAUUUAUUUUAAUUUAUUACGCAUUGAAUUAUUAAGUUAUAUUUUUUAUUAAAUGAAAAUUAUAUGUGUGUGAAUGUUGUAUCCAUAUUACAUGGUCUACUGUGAUUUGAAAU